AUGAGUGUUCUGGUGGUAAAUGUUACAUGGAGGAACAAGACCUACGUGGGAACAUUGCUGGACUGCACAAAGCAUGACUGGGCCCCUCCCAGGUUUUGUGAGUUGCCAACAAGUGACCUGGAAAUGAGGGGAGGCCGGGGCCGGGGAAAGCGGGCCAGGUCCGCCACAGCUGUGGCCGUACCCGACUGUGACGCGAGCUUCACAGAAUCCAGAGGACUCCAGGGCAAGAACCGUGGCAGUGCCAAUGGGAAGGGACGGAGGGGCAACAUGAACUUGAGCGGGCGCAGGACACCUCCAAACUGCGCUGUCGACGAUGUCAAAGCCAGCCCCUCAUCCACCAACAAGAGGAAAAAUAAGCCUCCCAUGGAGCUAGAUUUGAAAUCCAGUUCAGAGGACAAUAAAUCAGGAAAACGUGUUCAUACUAACUCUAGAAGCACUCCCACCACCAACACCCCAGGAAAGCCCGAGACCACGUUUUUGGACCAAGGCUGCUUUUCCCUGGUGCUGAUUGACUGUCCUCACCCCAACUGCAACAAAAAGUACAAGCACAUUAAUGGACUGCGAUACCACCAGGCUCACGCACAUUUAGAUCCAGAAAACAAACUGGAGUUUGAGCCUGACAACGAAGACAAAAUUUCAGACUGCGAGGAAGCACUGAGUAAUGUGGCACUUGAAUGUAGCAGGCUAAGCACAAAUUUGUCCAGCUUUUAUCCGCUAAAAGCACCGAUGUCUCCUUCCUCCAUCACCUCUCCAGAGACCCACAAGGGAAAAAGAAAGAGGGAGCUGACUAGCAAUGGCCUCAGUUCGGUUAUCAAUUCCACUGGCAAGAAUUUGGGCAAAAAGAAGGGUCUGAAUGGUGAACUGAACAGCCUUACGGUAAUUUCUAACACAGCAGCCACUCUGGACAGUUGCUCGGUAGUAGACCGCGGUUUGCAGACGGAAAUGCCCAAGUUGGAGACCGAAGGGCUCAUAGACAAACAAGGUUUGGGUGAUAAAGACAAAGGCAAAAAAGCUAAUAACUGCAAAGUGGAUAAAAAUCUUUUCAAAUUGAAAACAGCCAGGCCUAUCGCCCCAGCACCAGCACCCACUCCUCCCCAGUUGAUAGCGAUACCUACUGCGGCCUUUACAACCACCACAACACAGACAAUACCGGGACUGCCCUGUCUAACGAUGACUGUUGUUCAGGCUACACCAAAGAGCCCUCCACUAAAACCUAUUCAACCAAAGCCCGCCAUCAUGGGAGAGCCAAGCACUGUCAACCCAGCUCUCGUGUCGCUCAAAGACAAAAAGAAAAAGGAGAAGAGAAAGCUAAAGAACAAAGAAAGCAAGGAGACUGGGAGCCCGAAGGUGGAUUCCAAGCUGGGAAAGCUGGAGGAUUCCCGCAUGGAGUGCAGCACACUGGCCAAUGGGCAGUCCUCACUGGCGCCACUGCACGUGUUGACACAAAACGGGGCAGACAGCGUGGCCACGAAAACCAACAGCCCUGCUUACUCCGAUAUCUCUGAUGUGGCCGAUGAUGGUAGCUCUGACAGCCGGUCAGAGGGCAUGAGGUCAAAGGCGAGCUCUCCGUCAGAAAUUAUUUCUAGUAAGGACAGCAUCGUGAAAGGGCAUUCUGCAACCAUGGCACAGUCGGUUCAAGCAAAAGAGUCCCAUUCUCCCUAUUACCAUGGCUACGAUCCCUAUUAUUCUCCGAGUUACAUGCACUCUGGACAGGUCAGUGCCGCAGCGGCCGGGAACAGUAGCACCCCACAGGGGAUGAAGAUCAAAAAAGAGGUCGAGGAAGAGGCUGAGAAGAAAGAGAAGACCGAGCUGUUGGUCUCCAGGAGGAAUGAAACUGGCUCCUCUAAUUUGCAGCUGCAACAUCAGUCAGUAAUAAAACAAAGACACCCUGCACUUGCCCAGUCACUUUAUUAUGGCCAGUAUGCUUAUGGGCUCUAUAUGGACCAAAAGUCCUUAAUGGCCUCCAACCCUGCUUACAGGCAGCAGUAUGAAAAAUACUAUGAGGACCAGAGACUAGCAGAGCAGAAGAUGGCACAAACUGGAAGAGACUGUGAAAGGAAGAAUGAUCCCCCCUUGAAGGAAAUAGGGAAGGAUGAUAAUAAGCAGAAUAUCCCAUCUGCUACAAUUUCAAAGGCCUUUUCAACUCCGGAGGUGAGCAAAAAUAACACUAAAAUAGGGCCAUCAGUCCCUAAAAAAGGUGAGGAGACGAGCAAAUUGCAGAUCCUCUCCAAUCAUCAUCAGCAGUUUCAGACUGACAGUUUAAAAGCCAAGCAAAUGGAAAACCACCUGCUCAUAAAAGAGGCUGCGGAGAUGAAAUUGGUUAUGGACUCCAUGAAGCAGACAGGAGUAGAUCCAAACAGCAGAUUUAAACAGGACCCAGAUUCACAAGCAUGGCAUCAUUAUGUCUAUCAGUCCAAAUAUCUUGAUCAGCAAAAAUCUGAAGAACUUGAUUGUGAGAAAAAGUUAAAAGAAGACAGCCCAAGAAAAACACCUAACAAGGAAAGCUCCAUGUCUAGCCUUCCUGUCUCAUUAACAAGCAUUAAAGAGGAGCCUAAAGAGGUCAAGCGUUCUGAUUCUCAAUCAGUGGAUGAGAGCAAGAUAAAAAACGAUGACCGAAAGACUCCUGUAAACUGGAAGGACUCUCGGGGUGCUAGAGUGGCAGUUUCUUCACCAAUGAGUCAGCAUCAGUCAUAUAUCCAGUACUUGCAUGCCUAUCCUUAUCCACAGAUGUAUGAUCCCAACCACCCAGCCUAUCGUGCUGUCUCUCCGGUCCUCAUGCACAGCUAUCCUGGGGCCUAUCUCUCUCCAGGAUUUCAGUAUUCUGUUUAUGGGAAGAUGUCAGGGAGAGAAGAGGUGGAGAAAGUCAAUACCAGACCAAGCAUCAAUGUGAAAUCAACCACUGAGUCCAAAGUACUGGAUUUGCUCCAGCAGCAUGCCAGCCAGUAUUGCAACAAGUCCCCUGUUUCCGUGGAAAAAUCUGCAGCUGAGCGUGAACAGGAAGCAGAGAGGGAACAAGACCAUUCUUCUCCUUUUGGCCAGCGGCAUCUCCAUACGCACCAUCACACACACGUUGGAAUGGGUUACCCGCUUAUACCUGGUCAAUAUGACCCAUUUCAAGGAUUGACCUCUGCUGCCCUUGUUGCCACUCAGCAGGUGGCUGCUCAGGCAUCUGUGUCUGGUAUGUUUCCUGCACAAAGAAGGCAAAUAUCCAGCAAAUCUUGAAUUAUACAUCUUAAUAUAGAGAGGAGAAAGCAAAUCAUAGUUUUUAGAGUGCAGAAGUCUGCAGUUUCUUGUAAAACACAGUUUUUAAGGAGAGAGGGAAAAGGUUGGCUGGGUUUUGAGGCUAAUUGUAGCUUUAUUCUCAUUAAGAUGACAUUUUGUCUUUGAAUUAGUUCCUUUCAUUAUAAUGUA